AUGACAAAAAAUAAAAGCUAAAUAACUUAGCAUAAUAGAAGCGAUAUUAUAUGUUCAGGACCAAGGUUCAAAGAUACUUAAAGUAUCUCAUAGAAUAGAUUUAUAUUUCUCAUUUUACUCUCUGUUGCUAUGGGAUUUAUAAACUACAUUAAUGCUGAUCGAUAAGUUUAAAUUUAAAAUGGUAUUUAUCCAAAUUCAGACAAUAAGAACUAAAGCGGUUAUGAAAUAAAUUUUUAAUGGAUUGAGAUCUGGUGUAAUCUCCCUAAUUGCUUUUUUACACCUUUAAUACUUGGUUACUUAAGUGACUUUAUAUCUAUUCAAUAUCUUCUAAACUUUACUUCUAUCGUGUAGCUUUUUUCAACAAUAUUUCUUUAUCUUUACUAUUGUUCUGGCUACGUAUAAUUCUAUGUUUUAUCUAGAAUAUUUUUCUCAAUUUCUAAUGAAGGAUUACAAAACGCUACUUUUAAUUUAGUUUAUGAGUAUUCUAACAUGUAUAAAUGCGAAUCAAAAUAUUUUUCCCUUCAUUCUAUUUUCGGCUAUAACAUUCAAAGAAUAUUACCUUAUAUUUUUGCCUUGGUAUACAAUCAAUCUCCAGAAACUAAAUAAGCCAUUUAUGAUAACUAACCUGCAUUUUAUUCGUAGUACUUAGUUUUUAAUCUAAUAUCAUGCAUAAUUAUGGCAUUUAUAAACAAAAAAAAUUAAAUUAAAGAGAGAAAUGAAGAAUAACUAGACCCAGCCUUUUUAGUUGCCAGAAUUGCUCCUCAACAAAAAUUCAGCUUUUAUGAAGCCUUGACUUACAUUUUCAAAUAAAACAGUUUUUUUACUUAACAGUGCUUGAUAGGCGGUAUUACUUUAGGUUUUACAUCCUUUUACUUCUAAAGUAAUGGCUUGAUUAGUUCUAUGAUUAAAGAAUGUGGUUUUGAACUUUACAUGGAAAUAAAUUUUUCAACAAAAGGCUUCACAUAAAUAUCAGCUUUUGUUUUUCUUUACUUUAUUGGUAAGAGAAUGGAUGAUUAUGGGAAAAAGUUUAAAUUUUAUUUGUUUUGGUACUGUAUAAUCGGAUUAGCGGCUCUUAAUAUAUUCCUUAAUCUGAUAUAUUUUUUCUCUAAUUAAAUAAUAAUAAAUGUAAUCGUUUACAUAUUCCUAUUUUUUAUAGGACUACAAUACUACUGUUCUUUUAUGGCCAUGAACUCUAUUAUAUUUUGGUACAAUUAAUGGUUUUAAAGAGGUAUGGGUUAUGGUUUAUUUUCUUGCUCUUUUAACACUUUUUCUACAGUCAGCACUCUGAUCACAAUCUAUUAUGCAGACAAAUACCCAGUGCCACUAAGCAUUAUUAUAAUGAUAGCUAUUAUUUUUAUUAUUUUAAUUUUUAAAUACUUCUAAAUUAACAAAAUCAAAAUUCAAAAAGAAUCCCCUUCAAUGCAAAGACAAGAAUAGAAUAACUGA